AUAUCCAUGGAGUGAAAAUCCGGAUGAAUCGGAAUCGCUAAUGAAGACACGUGCACCGGCAUGGUGUGAUCGUGUGCUAAUGAAUUCACGAGCCUUAGAAAUGGUUAAACGUGAUAAAUUUGCCAAAUAUGAUAGUUUUGGGAAAGAUGUAUGCAUGGGUGAUCAUAAG